AUGGCGACUCUUCAGAAAUUUAAGCUGUUGGCCACCCAGUGCGCGGUGGCCGGUAGCCCCACCCGGAGCCCAGCAUCAAGCCCCGUGAUCCACCUCCGCCGGAGGAAAACUCUCAGGAUGCUGCUCGGCCGUGCGGGAGGGGGCGGCGGGAGGAGGCUGCCGCCAGAUCGGAGGCGGAGCCUCGACAGGGAGAGAUCUCAGGAGAAAGAUUCGGAGCUGUCGAUCAGCAACAAGCUGAGAGAUCUGUUCGUGUCGUCACCGCCGGCGCUGGGGGAAGGAGUUUCAGAGAACGGAAGGGAAUGUUUGCUGCCGUCCGGCGGUGAUGACGUCCGGCGAGGUGGUGGACGGCUGCUGCGGCCGAUUUCGGCGACUUUCCGGCAGCGGUUGUUGAGAAGGGCUUGGCGGCCUGUGCUCGUCGGCAUACCUGAAUGA